UCCCGGCCCGUGCCGCCGUCAGAGCCGCCCUCCCAGCGGCCGUGCCGGGAGGCGGCUGGUGCCGGGGCCACGGGACGGGGAGGGCGGUGUGCAGUCGCACGGCUGUAGGCAUUCUAUAAUACUACUUCGAAGAAUACGUGGAAUAUACAAUUAGAAGGAGUAGAGCAGCUUCACCUAUUACAGAACCAUGGUUCGACUAACAACGGACCUAAUUGCUAAAAAUGCCAGUCACAAGAAUCGUGGUGAAGAGGACUUUGGACAAUAUCUGCAAAAAAUAACUCAUCUGAAUUUGUCAGAUAAAAAUAUAGAUUCAAUUGGUGACCUCUCUUUCUGUAAAAAUCUGAGAGUUCUAUAUUUGUAUGAUAACCAAAUCAACCAAAUCCAGAACUUGGACUUUGCUUCAAAUAUAACACAUCUUUACCUUCAGAACAAUCGUAUUUCAAGUAUAGAAAAUCUCUCAUCACUGAAAAAACUUGAAAAACUGUAUUUAGGAGGCAACUAUAUCACUGUAGUAGAGGGUUUGGAUAAAAUAGGAGAACUAAGGGAGCUACAUGUUGAAAGUCAACAUCUCCCUGUCGGUGAAAAGCUUCUGUUUGAUCCAGUAUCUCUUAACUCCCUGGCAAAGUCUUUGUCUGUAUUGAAUAUCAGCAAUAACAACAUUGAUGAAUUAGAAGAACUGGCAGUUUUGGAAAAUCUUUCUUAUCUUAAAGCAGUCGACAAUCGACUUAAACAUAUGAAGGAUUUGGAGGUUGUAUUAAAAAAAUGGACAAAGCUACGCAGAAUAGAUCUUACAGGGAACCCCAUCUGCCAAAAACCAAAGUACAAGGAUAGGAUUAUAGUACAGUCACUGACUUUAGAAUCCCUCGAUGGGAAAGAAAUUCAAGAAAUGGAAAGACGUUUCUUAAUGAAUUGGAAAGCCUCCAAAGCUGCCAGGAAAAAAAGCAAUCAAAGGAUGACAGAUGAACAUGCAGCCUAUGUACAGUUUUCUGACUCUGAAACACCUUAUCUUGCUCUUCCUUCUCACCACAGUGACUCUGUGAAAGAAAGAGUAAAUUUUUUAGAUUUGGCUCAGCAGCUGAAAGUUGAAAGAAAACCAAGAAUCCGUGAACGAAGAAGUCAGAUGAAAACUCAGGUUGAUGAGGAAUCUGAAGUAGAGGCAGAAGUAGUUUGAAUUCCAAAAGCCAGAAGUUACAGGAUGUGAAGAUCUGGCCAUUAUUGAUUUUCUUUUUCUCCCUCAAAGCUUACAAAGGAAAAUACUGGUGUCUCUCUGGAUAUGUUAUCUGUGUCUUUUUAAUCUCAAAACCAGACAAAUUAUGUUGAACCUAACAUUGCUUUCUAAGAACAUUCAGAGAAAUAAGGGGACUGCCUAUUUAUUUAGAAGGAUGCUUUGUAUCAAAAGGAUGUAAAAACAUCAGCACAUGCUAGGCUAAACUGGCUGCCUAAUUCUUAAACUUCCUCAAGAAAUGAACUGGUUUUAGCCAGGCCUUACCUAUCAGCUGCUUCCUUCUCUAUAUGGUAUUCAGCAGCUGUGCAGAGGCGUGUUCACAGUAGGGUCAUGGAGUCAUUAAGAUUGAAAAAGACCUCUAAGAUUAUGCAGCCCAACUGUAAACCUAACACUGCUAAACCUAACACACUAAACACACUAAACCAAGUUGUGGUGAAUACCAAGCCACACAUCUACACAUUUUUAAACAUUUCUAGGGAUGGUAAUUCCACCAUGCUACACAUUUUUUAACAUUUUUAGGGAUGGUAAUUCCACCGUUUCCCUGGACAGCCUAUUCUAAUGCUUGACCACCCUUCCAACGAAUAAUUUUUUCUCAACACCCAAUCUAAACCUUCCCUGGUGCAACUUUAGGCCAUUUCCUCUUGUCCUGUCACUUGUUAUUUCCAAGAAAAAAGCAGCCCCCACCUGUCUACAAGCUCCUUUCAAGCAGAAAGAAGCUAUUAGCAUAUGAUUUUUGAGAAGAUCUGUAGUACUAAAAAUAAUUUCCAUCAUUUGUAUUUUUCCAAGUUCUGCUGAAUAAUGUGGAACAGUUAGUAGAGGAGGCAUGAGAAGAUUAAUGACGUCUGUGCUGAUUAAUUUUUUGAUUGGGAGUAUCGUUCAUUAACUUCAAAUUCUGUUUGUUUGGCUACUUUGGGCUCAUCUGAGUAAUUAAAUAAAUGCUUGAGACUUCUGAUACAGGAAAAUUCCAGUCCUACAGAUAAGAAGAGGAAGGACUAGAUUACAAAUUGCCCUUGGGAAAAAACCUUUCCUAAUAUAGUUUCUCUCUGUGAAUGGAAGCUCAGCACCUUGUGCUUAUGGCCCUCUCUGAAAAUAAGAAAGGAAUUUUUCUUGAAUAAGGAAAUCAGGAUGUGUCUUUUUGCAUGGAAUAUUUAAUGUAUUUCAUUAACAUUUAUAAAGAUAAAGAUAAUUUGGUACACAUUGUUAAAAUGCAUUUAACUCCUGCAUGCAUACUCCCCUUGAAUAACAAGAUCUUCUUCUUCAUUAUAAAGAGCAAGAUUUCCAAAGCUGAGGUAGUAAAUGAGUGGUACUGUAACGCUGAAGUGCCUGUGCUUCGGUUAAAGUAUCAUGGUUUAACCCCAGCCAGCAGCCAAGCCCCACACAGCCACUCGCUCACUCCCCCCAUUGGGAUUGGGAAAAGAAUAGGAAGGGUAGAAACUGGAAAACUCAUGGGUUGGUAUAAGGACAGUUUAAUAGGGAAAGCAAAAGCCACACAUGCAAGCAGAGCAAACCAAGGAAUUUAGUCACCACUACCCAUGGGCAUGCAGGUGUUCAGCCAUUGUCAGGAAACCAGGGGUUCAUCACAUGCUGUGGUUACUUGGGAAGGCAAAUGUCAAACAUCCGAACAUCCCCCCACUUCCUCCCUCUUCUACUUCAGAUACUGAGCAUGAUGUCAUAUGGUAUGGAAUAUUCCUUUGGUGAGUUGGGGUCACCUGUCCCAACUUCCCACCUUGUCAGUUCCCAUGUCCCCAGUCUCCUCACCAGCAUGGCAGUAUGAAAAGCAGAAAAGGCCUCAUCUCUGUGUUAGCACUAUUCAGCAAUAACAAAAACAUCUCUAUAUUAUCGACCCUGUGUUCAGCACUAAUCCAGAAUACAGCCCCAUACCAGACACUGUGAAGAAAAUUAACUCUACCCCAGCCCAAAACAGCAUAUAAGGCUAGUGAGUAAUUUGCCUUCAAAAUCAGAACAUU